UCUUUGUCACUGUCAGUGUUUGGCUGUCACCACACAAAAUUGAGAAAAACUAGAAAAUCUAAAAACUGAAAAGUGGAAAAUUACAGUAAAGUAAUAACCCUGUAAAAAUAUGUUUCGAGUUAUUAAAAAUAUUUCACCUGUGCUUUGUAAAAAUCUACUUCAAAGACCGGCACAAUCAGAAAAUGCAAUUUUUAUGUUUGUUCAGGCGAAAAAUCUCCAAACAGAUUCCGCCGAUGAAAAGUUUUCUUUGAAACAUGAAGAAGUCGGUCGUCCACUGUAUUUCGACGCACAAGCUACAACACCCGUUGAUCCAAGGGUACUUGAUGCCAUGUUGCCAUAUUUAGUGAAUUAUCAUGGCAAUCCUCAUUCUCGAACUCAUGCCUAUGGAUGGGAAAGUGAAGCAGGCGUAGAAAAAGCAAGGGAGCAAGUAGCUAAUCUCAUUAAUGCUGAUCCUAAAGAAAUUAUAUUUACUUCAGGAGCUACUGAAUCCAAUAAUAUAUCUGUAAAAGGAGUAGCACAUUUCUAUGCACCAAGGAAGAAGCAUAUUGUGACAACUCAAAUUGAGCACAAAUGUGUGCUAGAUUCGUGUCGGGCUCUAGAAGGAGAAGGAUUUAAAAUUACAUAUUUGCCAGUAGGACCAAAUGGCAUCAUAAGUUUACAAGAUUUAGAAGAAGCACUUACACCAGAAACUAGCUUGGUCUCAAUUAUGACAGUCAACAAUGAAAUUGGAGUUCUACAACCAAUUGCUGAAAUUGGUGCCAUAUGCAAGAAAAAGAAGAUAUUUUUCCAUACAGAUGCAGCACAGGCUGUUGGGAAAAUUCCUCUCGAUGUAAAUUCUAUGAAUAUAGAUCUAAUGUCUAUUUCUGGUCAUAAAGUGUAUGGACCGAAGGGUGUGGGUGCCCUCUUUAUAAGACGACGGCCGAGGGUCCGGGUGGAGCCUCUUCAGAGUGGAGGUGGCCAGGAGCGAGGAAUGAGAAGUGGAACUGUACCAACACCCUUGGUUGUUGGUUUAGGUGCAGCCUGUGAGCUGGCACAACGGGAAAUGAGUUAUGACCAUGCAUGGAUGGAGAAACUUGCUAAUCGCUUUCUAGAUAAGAUUUACUCAAAAUUGACACAUGUUAUAAGAAACGGAGAUCCCAAACAAACAUAUCCUGGAUGCGUUAAUUUAUCGUUUGCUUACGUUGAAGGAGAAUCACUACUCAUGGCUUUGAAAGAUGUGGCGUUAUCCAGUGGAUCGGCUUGCACUUCAGCAUCUCUGGAACCCUCGUAUGUGUUAAGAGCCAUUGGCACAGACGAAGAUCUUGCUCACAGCUCAAUUAGAUUCGGACUAGGAAGAUUUACAACAAUAGAGGAGGUUGACUACACUGCAGAAAAGACCAUCAGACAUGUAGAAAGACUUCGAGAAAUGAGCCCUCUAUGGGAAAUGGUCCAAGAGGGGGUAGACAUUAAAACGAUUCAAUGGUCUCAACACUAAAGACUGAAAUAAACAGAACGCGCGACGGAAACGGUUGCUAACUACACCUCGAAGUUGUAAUAUACAAGACACUAUUAUGAAGGCUUUAACACUGUGAAGCUGAGGUCACGCGCUGCAAUGUAACAUGCUUCUUAUAUAUUGUUUAGUUACAGCCUUAGUAUAAGAUUUUUCAUCUCACCGACCUUGAUAGUACUUGAGUCAAAACCUAAUAACGUCUGAGUAAAAUGGGCCUAAAGAACUUUGAUUUAAAGUC